UGCAGCCUGUGCGUCGCCCAGAUACCUCAAGCGUCGGGGAGAGAGGACCUCGUUUGGUGUUUUGGGAGAAGGCCGUCGUGUGGUCCUCGUGAUCCUAGCGGGGACGAGAGAGAGGUGGCCGACCUGUCAGCUUUCCACUGCUCGCGUGAUUGCAUUGCCUGUAGGUUCCGUCUACCCAGCUAUUGGUGCAGGUGGGUCUGCCUGUUAUCCGCUAUGCCGCUGCCUGUUGCAUUGCAGACCCGCUUGGCCAAGAGAGGCAUCCUCAAACAUCUGGAGCCCGGUGAGUGAGCUAAAAGCGGUUGGGCCUACAAUGUGCCUGGCUUGACAGGCACUUCGUUGUUGAUACCGCCACUCGAUACCUAGCGUGGGCCUACCGCGCAUCAGUCAGUGGCGUGGCGUGUAUUGUUAACGGUAUGGAUUUCUGAUAUCCAUUCCUACCGCGGGCUGGGGUGGGGGUGGGGAAUACAUGUUUCAUCCUUAAUAUUGACGGUUAAUGCCUUUUUGGGGCCUGUUGUAUGCCACGCGCAAUCCAUCAGACGAUCCACGGAAGUAAGGAGAGCUGACAUUUUCCCUAGACGGUAGGGGGGUGCGGAUACUGGGUUCUUUAUGCUACUGAUCACAUUAUUUUAGACGUGUUGUGAGGCCAGGCACUAUGUUGGUGAUCUAUACCUUAGUGAUCACCAUAUCAAUUGCUGACAUGUAUUUUGGGUCUAGGUGCUUGGCAUACACAUAGUGGUAGAAAAUGAUGGUAGGAUCUAUCAUUUCUACCUGCUGUGCUGUUCCUGCUAAUAUUUACACCUUAUUAUCGAUCAUAGUAAAAACUGGCAUCUGUUUUGGGCUGCAGUGUGCUAGGCACUAGAUUACAUCUUAUUUUCACCUUAUUAAUAAAUGACAUCUGUUACAAGCUACUCUGUGCCAGGCAUAUAGAUCUUGUGGUUAAUAAUACUGGUAACAGUCGUUGCUAAUUUUAAGCCUGUUGAGUACCAGGCUCUGUGCUGAUGGUAUAUAUCUCUUACUAACAAUUCUGAUGAUUAUAGCUAAUACUCGCUUUGGGCCUAUUGUGUGACAGGCACUAUGCUGUUGCUGACAUACACAUUUCAUUGUUAGUUAUAUCCACAGCCAAAAUCUGUCAUAGGUCUACUGAGGGUCAUGUACCAAGCUGACAACAUACAUAUUUUUUAUUCUACUGAUAGUAACUGACAGCUGUUGUAGUCCUGCUGUGUGUCAGGCCUCGGAACUGAAUGGAUGCGGAGCAGUGUUUGGAUAUAUCCUUUCCUAUCCAGACUUGCUACUCAAUAUACAGAAUCAGAAACCCCAUAUUUACCAAGCUUGGGAGCUGAAUAGAUUUGGGCAUUUUGUUUUUCAGAUAAACUGCUUACUGUUCAAACUCAUUUUAUCCAAAUAGAUUGGGAUAGCGUGGUGUCACAUGCUUCCUGAACUCAGGAACUGGAGGAUACAUUUGUUUUGAUGAAUCCUUGUCUAAAAUCUGAAACCAGAUAGGUUUCAGUAACAGGAUAUCAAAUCUCAAAUCUUAUCUGAACCCAGAAACAGAACAGAUUUAGGUAAGUUUUUUGGCAAAUCCCCUGAUCUUCAGACACUUGGAUUUGGAAUGUGAUAUUUGCCAUAGAAGGUGAGACCUGGCACACGCACACACAUGGUCCAUGUGAGUCUGAGCAUGUCUCCAGGCUCUGACUGCAGGAUAAGAAUUCCUCUGGUCCUUACUGCUUUCCUCCACCCUGCUAUCCUGCCAGAACCAGAGGAAGAGAUUAUUGCUGAGGACUACGAUGAUGACCCUGUGGACUAUGAGGCCACCCGGUUGGAGGGCCUGCCACCAAGCUGGUACAAAGUGUUUGACCCAUCCUGCGGGCUCCCUUACUACUGGAAUGUGGACACCGACCUCGUGUCCUGGCUUUCCCCGCAUGACCCCAACUCCGUCGUUACCAAAUCUGCCAAGAAACUCAGGAGCAAUAAUGCAGAUGCUGAGGAGAAGCUGGAGCGUGGCCACGAGAAAUCAGACCGGAACCAUGAGAAGCCAGACCGGAGCCACGAGAAGUCAGACCGGAGCCAUGAGAAGUCGGACCGGAGCCAUGAUAAGUCUGACAGAGAUCGAGAACGUGGUUAUGACAAAGUGGACAGAGAGAGAGACCGGGACCGGGACAGGGACCGGGACCGCGGGUAUGACAAGUCAGACAGGGAAGAGAGCAAGGAGCGGCGCCAUCAUCGCAGAGAGGAGCUGGCUCCCUACCCCAAGAGCAAGAAGGCGGCAAGCCGGAAGGAUGAAGAGUUAGACCCCAUGGACCCCAGCUCCUACUCGGACGCGCCUCGGGGCACAUGGUCAACAGGACUCCCCAAGCGGAAUGAAGCCAAGACGGGCGCAGACACCACAGCAGCGGGGCCACUCUUCCAGCAGCGUCCCUACCCGUCUCCAGGAGCUGUGCUCCGGGCCAAUGCUGAGGCCUCCCGAACCAAGCAACAGGACUGAGCCUCCCCGUCACCCCACCGCCAUCCCCGGGGUUUUUAAUAAAAGCUUUUCAAUGGAUCGUG